AUGCACAUGGCGGCCAACGAACACGCGCUGUGCCGGUACGGAAGAGGCGGGGCCUCGCGCUGCGUCACAGGAGGCCAGGACAUACGGUAAUUCAGAAUCCGCUUAUUUGGAAGAACAAUUGGCUCAAACCAGUGAAAGUUUUAAGACUGGCUUUUAAGAAAAUUGGAUGCAGAAGCUAUUGGGAUGGGAUGGGGAUGUACACUUCAUGGUCCCUUUUUCUGCAAAACAAAUUUGUGUUUUCUUCAAGUUUUCCUCCAAUGUAUUCUGUCUUAAAAUUGUGACCUAAUGAUAUUCCCCCCAUGAUCACUAGAGGGUGCUAGUGCAUAAAUACAGCUGUUGGAUUCUUCACUACAAGUGGGCAAAAAACAGCUUGGCAGUUCCACUGUAUAGUACGUACUUGUCUUUAAGCUUUCAUGAAUAUACUUUCUUCUUCUUCUCUCAGUCUCCUGCCUCUUUUCCAUGGCUUACUUAGUAAUGAAAUACUUUCAUAUGAAGGGCUUAAACUGUGGCCUAUAUACAAAUGCAAACUUCACACCCUGAAAGAUAAGAAGGGAGUGUCUUACUGAUUCAUUAUGCUAGAAUGAGAAGGUGGCUUGGCCAAGGUCAGACAAAGCAAAGAAUUCUGACCAUUUUACCUGAUUUCACACUGAUAGUUCUUCUGCUUUUCCUUUCCUGCGGUUGCAGUAACCAACACAGAAGUCCUCUUAUUUACUUAUGGUAACCAGAGAAACUCCUAACCACAGAACAAAGCCAAUACAGACCUGCCUACAAUCUUCCCCAUACACACCUAUGUGGGAGCAUGACCCAUUGAACUUAAUCUCCUUUCUUCUGAGGAGGCACCCAUAGGCCUACACUGUGGGGUACUUUUAAUUGUAUUUUACUAAUGACAGAUGUGCUGACACCAAGUUCAAAGGCUAUUUUUUAUGGAUGCAACAUUUCACUGAUGAAUUAAGUAAUCAGUUAAGACACUUUUAAUUGAUUAAAAUGUGCCCUCAAUUAAUUGGGAAGCAUUAAAAAAAUAAAAAAAGAGUAUGUAUUUAAAAAACCCCACAGAAAAGCUAUCCAGCUUCCUCUCACUUUGUAGCACAGGAACAAAUGCCUCUUUUCAGAUGGAGCCAACCACGAAACAUCUGUGCGUCAUGCACAAAUAAAGUUAUACUUUUAGCUUCAGAACUAAAAUUCUUACAUGCAGAUUUAUUCAGAUGGAAUAAAUUCAUUGAUCAAUCAAUUAAAAUUCAUGUACCGUAAUUAACAAGCUAAGGCUAAAGCUAUUUUUAUUUAUUUAUACUAAACUUCACCAGCAGGGGUCUCCUUCUAAGAAGGGGUCACAUACGUUUAAAAUUCAGGGUGCUGCUAAUUUGAAUUUUAAAUGGUUUCCUUAAUCUGUAAUGCAAACAUAUGGAAGGAUGUGAAUUUUAUUACACAUGUAUUCGUUCUUCCAAGGAGGCCAGGAAUACAAUAUGGUACCUCACAGGAUUGUUGAAAUAUAAUGAAUGACCCAGAAUUACCUGGCACAUUUUCUAGCUGAGUCAAAAUUUGAAAUCAAGUGUUCCCAAGCCAAGCCCAACCUUCUGUGUGAUUAUACUGCGCUAUCUCUCACAUGCAUACAUAAAUGCAAACACAUCCCAGGUAAAUACCAUGCAAAUUCAGAGAUAUAUUCUAUUGAAUGAGGCUUGCCUCUAGGUAACCAUGCACAGAACACUCAAAGUUGUUUUAAGUGUAAUGUGUGCAAAAGGCUCUCAGUGUUUGUCUUUGCUAUGAACUUUUAAUGAUCACACCUUCCUUUCACAAAGUUUUAGGAAUUGUUUUCUGGAGGGUUUUUCAUUCCCCCCCCCCCAACUGGGAGUUGUAGAGUUUUUGGGGGGAGAAGCAGUGGUAUAGCAUGGGGCAGGGGGCAAAGGGGCAGUUGCCCUGGGUGCAAAAUUGUUAAAGGCGCAAAAUUUCAACACCUGGUGCGGCCUCAAUACAGCUGCGUGCGUCUGUCACUGGACUCUGUUGAAAACGGUUUCGCCAUGCAAACCAGGACGUGACCUCUCCAGACAACUGAAUGACUCUUACUUUCUUUCUUUUGCAGCUGCAGUCUCCUGGGUGACUCGGUCACCAUUAGGCAGUUGAAUGCACAUGCGUAUUCCAUCUACAGUGGUGCCCCGCAAGACGAAUGCCUCGCAAGACGGAAAACCCGCUAGACGAAAGGGUUUUCCGUUUUUCGAUGCGCUUCGCAGGACGAAUUUCCCUAUGGGCUUGCUUCGCAAGACAAAAAUGUCUUGCGAGUCUUGAGAUUUUUUUUCGCUCCCCCCCCCUUUUUCUAAGCCGCUAAGCCGCUAAUAGCCUUUUAGCAGCUAAGCCGCUAAGCCUUUAAUAGCCGCUAAACCGCUAAUAGCGCUAAUCCGCUAAGCCGCUAAUAGGGUUGCUUCGCAAGACGAAAAAACCGCUAGACGAAGACACUCGCGGAACGGAUUAAUUUCGUCUUGCGAGGCACCACUGUAUUUCCUUCUUUCCCUCCCACCUACCCUCCAUGCGGUCCUGGGUGCUGGUAACCCAUGCCACACCAAUGGGGAGAAGUUACUAGAGUUGGGGGGGGGUGGUAAAUAUGCACUCCUUCAUUACUUUAUAGACAUGCUCUUAAACUUUCUGAUAAGUUUCUGAGGUAAAGUAAAUAAUAAGAAAGUGAUUUAUAGCAGAAAGUAUGGUGCGAACUGUUAACAUUUAUUUACUUCUAGUUUUCAAGCACAGCAGUAAAAUGGAGAGUUGUAUAUUUGGGGAGACUGAGCAGAAUACACUGCAGUCUGCUUUAGCGAUAAUCGUGGUAUCUAGGCCAUUUUAGUGCAGUCAUUUUUUUCAUCCUGACAUGCAUCAGCCUCAUUCCCUCAAGUGGUGAUGCAAGUGCUGCUUCAACAUUAGGCAGCAGUGGGUUCUGCAGCUGACACUGUCUGAUGUCGACUGUGUGUUGCCUUCAUAAAUCCAGUCUGCUUCUAGAGUAAAGCCUGAGUUCAAUCUCUCUGUGUCUACAGCAUCCAACUAACCCAUCUUAGCCCCUAGUUUGUUUCUGAAAAUUAAGCUUUAUUUAUUUUUAGAUCAGCUUGAUGUUUUAGCGACAUGUCUGUUGGCCUCUCCUUAAUGUUAUAUUUCCUAAGUUUGCUGUUCACUUUUGCCUUAAAAACUCUUGCACGACCACCAGCUGGCACGAUCCUCUCCAUCUUUGCUGGUGUCACGUUUCUCAGGAGAGCUACUUGCCCUUCACAAAUGCACACUCCUGGUGUGUUAUAUGCCACAAAAAUAGUUCCUCCAGUGAGCGCUGUUUUAAGCUGGCUAGUGUGUGACCUUUGUAUGCGUUCAGAGAAUCCCCUCAGGGCAUUUACCCCUGAUAAAAUCUCCUAGUAGGGAACAUGAGCAUAGGCACCAAGGUCUUGCCGCACAGUGGUGUCUGUUUUUUCUCCCCUCUGCCCUUCAGUAAGGUGAAAAUUGUGUCUAAAUUCAAACCAGUAUUUUCCUGCCAUUUCCUGAGUUGUUCUCAGUUCACUGACAUAUAUUACAAAGAG